AUGAAACGGGACGUGGUGGUGACAUCCGUCGCAUUCGCGGGCGCCGCGGUCGCGUGCUCGCUCGUCGCGCUUCGAAUAACGCGCAAGAUUAGGACAAGGACCGGACUCGAUCCUUUCGCUGUCCCGAAUGGUUCUUCGCGCGAAAAAGGCGCGGACGGGCGCAAGGCUGCGCUCGUGCUCACGUCACACCCCGAUGAUGAGUCGUACUUCUUCGCACCGACGAUUCAAGCGCUGAAAGCGGCGAACGUGGAGACACACUUGGUGUGCCUGAGCGACGGCGGCGCCGGCGGGGACGGAGAGACGAGAAAGAAGGAGUUAUUGCGCGUGAAAGAGCUGUUCGAGCUAGAGGGGAUGUGCAUCGUGGAGGCAGAAGAUUUGAUGGACGGCAUGACGAACGCGUGGCCGGCGAAGACGGUGAUGACGGUGCUGGACGAGUACACCGGGGGGGCGCCGACGACGUUUGAUUACGUGGUGACGUUCGACGCGGGCGGUGUGUCAGGACAUUUGAAUCACGUUUGCACGUAUGAAGGUACGAAACAGUGGAUUGAGGAGCGGAAAGUUAGCAUUUCCAGCGAUCGGGGCGGUUGUCCGCAGGUCUGGGUAUUAGAGACGACAAACGCGGCACGAAAGUUGAGCGGAGCGUUGGAUUUCGCGACUUCUUAUUUAGAAAGUUUGAUCGACUCGCGGCGCGUGUUCGUGCCGAGCGCGUCACCUAUGCAAGUUCUCAAGGCUGUCCGCUUACACGCUUCGCAAUUCGUGUGGUAUCGUAAGAUUUUCGUCGUGUUUUCGAGGUACACGUACAUGAACACGUUGCGGCGAAUCGAUUGA